AUGAACAGAAGAACAACUGCUGCUGUUCGAACACAAGCUGGAUUUAACACACCGUUCAAAGUGGAAACUGGAGUAAGACAAGGAGCCGUGGUGGGACCCUUUCUGUUCAACUUUAUCAUUGAUAACAUCAUGCGAAGAACAGUUGAGCAGUUUCCCGCCGAUGUCGUUUUAGCACCAUCUGCGCUUCCCUCGGUCAAUCUCGAGUACGGCGACGAUGUAGUGAUAUUAGCUUCAAACAAGGCGAAGUUGCAACAUGCUCUUAACCUUGUAUCGAAGUUAGUUCCGGUCUACGGACUGCGACUCCACGCUGAAAAAUGCAAGCAGAUUUGGGUCCCCACGAGACCCUCAGCGGGAAUCAGGGAGGACGGACAACCAGUUCAACUUGUAGACGAGUUCGGUUAUUUGGGUUGCAUGUUAAAAAACGAUGGCGGCUACGAGAGAGAUAUUAAGCAAAGAUGCGCUAAGACCACUUUUGCAACAACGAAAUGCCAGCGUCGACUCCAUCACCUGCGAAGUCAAGCUGCGAAUCUCCCUAUCCGCAAUGCGUCCUAUCAUGAUGUACGGAUCGGAGACUUUGGUAGCGUUGAUGGAGUGACGUUGAUGGAGAAGCUCGAUUGUACGGAAAGGAAACUAUUUAGACGGAUGCUUGGCUACUUUUGGCCAUUGGUGUGUCAUAACCAAGAACCUUACUCUAUGUGGAUGUGGUGUACCAGCGGAUGA